AUGCUUUGGUUGUUGAUCUUGGCAGGCGUCGUCAGCGGAACCUUCAUUCGCAAAAACGACACGAUCAUGGCGCUGUGGAACCUGGAGGAAAUGGCCGAGUGCCGACUACACUACAACGCUUUGGUAGGGCCACAAUUCAUCCUUCAGACUUGCAUAUGUCCUACAGGUUUACAACAACUACGGCUGCUGGUGUGGCGUCGGCGGCAGCCACACUCCUGUGGACGGCAUCGACGAGUCAGUUGGUCCUUUUGAAGGAAGAAAAUGUUAUUUUCAGAUGCUGCAUGCACCACGACAAAUGUUAUGAUGCAGCCGUAGAUAAAAGGGUAAGUGGAAGUUUUGCGACAAAAUAGAGUUCAUUCUUCUCGAAAAUUUUAUGACUCUGAAGAAAAGAGAAAAUGUUGAAAAAUUGAAACCUGAACCAUUUUCUAAUUUCGGAAAAUGAAGUUUCAAAGUUCUAGUUCCUUUACUAUGUCCAAAGUGGGGUCCUUCAAGGAAAUUUAGAACGCUCUGCGUUAUGAAAGAUCCACUAUAGUUUUUAAUAAUAAAUUAAAAACUGUUCAGCUGAUACGUUUGAACAUUUUUUAGCAUAUCCAGUUUUUUUGUAAAAUAAACUCUAGUGCUUGACUGACUUUUAAAGUUAGUUAUUAAAUUUUUUUGUGCUCAUUCAAACCGCGAAGAUUCUCGAACUUGCUUCUUUCAAGUUUACACAUCCCUGAAAAAUGUGAAAGAUCAUGAAGUAAUUUUUUUCGACUUGAAAGGCGAUGAAGGUUCGAAGACGUUGCUUAUUGCGAAUGUGACGCAGCUUUCUAAAAAUCAGCUCUAAAAACGCUUUGAAGUUUUUUUAAUUUUUUUAAAAAAAUUUUUCUUUAAAGGUUUUUUUCAGAGAUUUCAUUCAAAAAAAUCAUGCUUCAAACUUAUGAAUCAACUGUUAUAUAUGCAAAAAAAGAGUUUGUGCAGAUAGGCACUGUGAGAAAUUUUUUUGUUAGAAAUUGUUCUGGCAAUUUUCUUUCAAAAAUACAAGCUGAAUUUGCUUUUUUUCUUGUCAGAAAUAUCCAUAAUUUUUAAUUUCUAGAUCUUUCCAGGAAUAUAAUUUUUCUGAUUUUCUAGAAUUUCUAGAAUAAAUCUUUUUUUAAAUGUUGAGUUCAAAUGUUUAUGUACCCCCGAUAAAUAUUUCAUAAUUAAGAUAUGCUACGAUGUUGAGAUCGAGUACGUCGACGACUACUCGUGGUUGUGUCAAAGAAACUCGACGACCAGCACGGAACCCAUUUGCUCAGGUCAGUUCUGCUGGGAAACGAUGGAUGACUUCCUUUUUCCAGCAAAGAAUGCGGGAUGCAAGGCGGCGCUCUGCGAGUGUGACAGGAUAGUCGUCGACUGCUGGUCCAAGUUUCCCAGGCCGCUUCUGAAGCCCCGAUGCAACCGAUCCAACUGGACUCCACUAACCAGACACUUCCAACACUAA